AUGGAGUGUCAACAGAGCGAUAGUAAAAAAUUAUUUAAAGUUUUCGACGCGUCCAAACGUAAACGAACUCGGAGGAAACAAGAUGAUAACAACUCAUUGGCUACCGACGAGUCUACCGGCGUCGGUCAAGGUCGCCGCGCCGCAUCCGUCAAACAAAGCCAACAAGACGUUAUGCAGUCACAGAACACUGACGGCGAACAAGAUGCGGAUAUGUCUAAGAGAGAUAGAGACAGCAGCCCAGAGUCGAGAUCGCCGGGCGAAGGUCAUCGACCCUCCAGAUCACCUCGCCGGCAUCGACGAACCGCUCGGGAAGGAGUAUCGCUUGCGUUGAAGGCGGGAAUGGUUUCUACACCAAGGUCCACGUCACCUCGAAUGGAUGGCGAAGACGCGAGCGAAGCUAUACCUCAGGAUCAAGACUCUUUUGUUUACGCGUUCUUGGAAGAAGCCAUAAAAAGGGACAAGAAGAAACAUCGUCAUGAUCAUCAUCACGAGCGUAGGCGGAGUCGCGAGCGAGACCCGUCCGACACCAAGGAGAGGAGACACCACCACAAGAAACACAGAGACGAGUGUAGACACAGAGACAAACCUGCCAAAGAGGAAACUCCGCCGGCCGAUCAUUUAGCCUUGUUUGAAACAUUUGCCAAAUUGUGCGCUCAGAUGACUGACAAAACGGGACACUACGCGAACGCCAGCCCGGUUGGACGUUCCCAAAGUCACAAAUCCCUGCAAUGCGAGGUACUCCGAAAGGAUUCCUACGACGUGGACCACAAACCCGUCAGACUUCACAGUCGCGAGCCAUCCAGGGAACAAUCACCAACGAGGGCGCGGAGCAGUGAAUAUUUCCGCAAUAGAGUUCGGAGUCAUGAUAAUGUUUCUCCGCCUUUGGACGACAGGAAAGAGAAUUGCGUCUGUUGUCCUCCAUACAACAAGCUACACCCGAGAUAUACCAGCAAAGUGAUCGUUACAGACAAAAACCGGGACGAAGACAGAUAUAGAGCUUAUCCAUUGGAAAGUACUCCUACCAGGAGCUAUCUCGAUACUUACUAUAGACCUCACGCUGACGGGAGAGAUAGGAGAGAUGACAGAGAUUAUAAGAAGUGUGAGGACAGGAGGAGAGCUUGUGAGGCGAAAACGAGCAGGAGCUUCGAUGUUCAUAGAGAGAGUCAUAACGACGACGAACGGUGUUGUAGGAGGACGGCCAGGAGUGACGGAGUUAAAGAUAAGAUGUAUGACAUCCGGGAGUAUAGAGACAGGAAACAUGAGGAGAGGAAUUAUAGGGAGAAGUACUACGACGACAGAGUGAGGGAGAGGAACUACAACACACAGGGGAAGGAACGGGUGAGGAGGAACUCGGAGCGGUAUGAGAGAUGCUCAGUGGUGUCCAAGGACGAGGACUACAGGGAGCGAUACUCGGAGAGAGAGAGAGACUCAGGACUGAGUGUGGCCGACGGAGAGAACAGCACUAUCAGUGGGAAGAGCAACUACUUGAGAGUUGUUAAACAGGAAAUAACAGAACAGAGAGAGGCUAUGGACAAGAUGAUGAAGCUGUGGAAGGAACUGAUGAGAUGCUUUAAAAGUAUAUCACAGACACAGGGCAGGGACAAGGAUGUUAACGAGUCUGCGGCGGCGCAAUUACGUCUUUGGAGAGAGUGUAUGAGGAGAUACGAGACGGUCGCCAGGGACGUGGGAGAUACAGACGCCAGGCUUAUGGAGGAGAUAAACAAACAGCGUUCAGAAAUGUCGGAGAUGGCGACCAUGUGGCAGGAGUGUCUGCAGCGGUACAGAGACAUGAGCAACGACUUCAACAACCUCAAACAGAAGCUCGCCUCCGAGAUCCCCCAGCACAUGUCAGCGGACGGCGACCCCCCUCCCCCUCCUCCGGGGCCCGCCGCCUCGCCCCCCGGGCCGCACGCUCCCCCACACUCACACGCACACUACCGCCUGCCGCACGACUACCCGCCGAUGCCCCCCCUCCCCCCGUACGGCGGCUCCCCCCUCCGGCCGCGCGCCUCCGCCCCCCCCGCCUGGUGGUGGGCCGAGGGUCACCUGCCGCGGGACCUCUCACACUCACCAGACAGAGAACGAAGACAUCGCCAUAAAGAUAGAGAGGAGCCCAGAUACAAGGAGAAAUCGUCGAAGCCGAGCGGAGCCAGGUCGGAACAUAGACACAGGAAGAGAUAA